GGUUGCAUUUUGCCUUCAGUAUCCUGACAUGUGGUUGAGAAAUGUGCAGUUUCAAGAUGGGGAGGCCGUUACGCUCUGGGUAAAUAAGGUUGGCCCAUAUAACAAUCCCCAGGAAACCUACAACUAUUACAGCCUCCCAUUUUGCCGUGCACCUGGCAACCCGGCUCAUAAAUGGGGUGGGCUCGGUGAGGUUCUCGGGGGGAAUGAGCUUAUUGAUAGCCAAAUCGAAAUCAAAUUUAAGAGAGAUGUGGAGAAGACCACAGUCUGUGAAAUUGAGCUUGAAGCAGCAAAGGCUAAACAAUUUAAAGACGCAAUUGAUAAUUCGUACUGGUUUGAAUUCUUUAUGGGUUUUAUUGGCGAGGUGGUUCCUGAUAGAGCCCAUGAUACUAAGCACGUACUUUGGACACACAAAAACCUUGUCAUUAACUACAAUGGCAAUCAAAUUAUCCACGUAAAUCUUACACAAGAAAACCCUAAGCCACUUGAGGAGGGACGAGUGCUGGAAAUGACUUACUCAGUCAAAUGGGUCCCAACUAAUAUUACCUUCGCACGUCGUUUUGAUGUUUAUUUGGACUACCCCUUUUUUGAGCACCAGAUUCACUGGUUUUCUGUCUUUAAUUCGUUCAUGAUGGUAAUUUUCUUAACUGGUUUGGUGUCUAUGAUACUAAUGCGCACUCUCCGCAAUGAUUAUGCUAAAUAUGCCCGUGAAGAUGAUGAUUUGGAGACUCUGGAACGGGAUGUGAGUGAAGAAUCUGGUUGGAAACUUGUCCACGGUGAUGUGUUUCGACCUUCCCAAAACCUUGCUCUUCUUUCAGCUGUUGUUGGAACUGGGGCUCAGUUAGCAACACUGGUUCUGCUUGUGAUCAUUUUCGCAAUUGUUGGAAUGUUGUACAUAGGGAGAGGAGCAAUUGUCACGACAUUUAUCGUAUGUUAUGCUUUUACAUCAUUUAUAGCUGGUUAUGUGAGUGGUGGCAUGUAUUCGCGCAAUGGGGGUAAAACAUGGAUAAAGUCAAUGAUCCUCACUGCAUCACUUUUCCCUUUCAUUUGUUUCGGCAUCGGCUUCAUCUUGAACACGAUUGCAAUAUUCUACGGUUCUUUGGCUGCCAUACCUUUUGGCACAAUGGUGGUCGUUUUUGUCAUUUGGGCAUUUAUUUCUUUCCCACUUGCGCUUCUCGGCACUGUUGUCGGAAGAAACUGGAGUGGCGCCCCUAACAAUCCUUGCCGUGUCAAGACCAUCCCUCGUCCGAUCCCCGAGAAGAAGUGGUACCUCACACCUUCUGUUAUCUCUCUCAUGGGAGGUCUGCUUCCUUUCGGGAGCAUUUUCAUUGAGAUGUAUUUCGUCUUCACGUCCUUCUGGAAUUACAAGUCUUGCCCUCUAGACUUGUCAGAUGCCGAAGUUAUUUGCUCUGCCUUUGCUGUUAUUGUUAAUGCAUUAUUGUGGUUGAUAGGUUUACUAUGUGUAUGGCUUCAUGCUGCUCGUGUUUGUGAUCCUGAUCAUCGUCACCAUUUGUGUGACAAUUGUGGGCACGUACUUCUUGCUGAACGCGGAGAACUAUCAUUGGCAAUGGACUUCAUUCUUCUCUGCUGCCUCAACCUCUCUUUAUGUAUACCUCUACUCUAUAUAUUACUAUCACGUGAAGACAAAGAUGUCGGGCUUUUUCCAGACCAGCUUUUAUUUUGGGUACACUUUGAUGUUCUGUCUUGGUCUGGGGAUACUAUGUGGCGCUGUCGGCUAUUUGGGAUCCAAUUUGUUCGUUCGGAGAAUUUACAAAAACAUCAAAUGUGAUUGAUCUACACGUUGUUAAGACACACAGGGUACUUUAGCUUUCAUUUUCCCCCAUGAUAGUAUAAACGCUUCCGGAAAGCAACAGCUCUGUGGAAGUCUGGAGAAACAUGUGAAUGAACUUCUUUUUGCAGCAAUGAAAAUGCAAGAAUGUUAUUUGUUAAAGCUCGGUUCGGGUCCUGGGAGUGUAGGACUGGAAAACUCUGUCUUUUCAUAUUUCAUAUGUUGCAUUUUGCUGCGAAAUGUUUGUAGCUUGUAAAUUUUUGCUGCUUAGGCAUUUCGUUUAUAUAUAUAGACCUCGCCAGUAGUUGAUUCUCUUUCUAUAUUUGUACUCUAAUGUUUAAGAGGAUUUUAUAUUGAGAAUUUGAGAUUGAGUGAUGUCUAAACAUGGAAGGAUCUGCAUAUUACGUUUUUGUUCGACCAAUAUAUUUGUCCCUAUAUUGAAGUAAGCAUGAUCAAAAU